AUGCUUGGCAAGAAGGACAAGAUAAAGUUUGCACCUGUGCAGGAGGUCAAAUCUGAAAAGGACUAUAGCAUCGUUAAUGACAUCGAGCAGCUAGAAUGGUACGUGAAGUCAAAAAGCAAGUCGGCGGGCAGAAGUCACAGUUUCAUGAAAGCGGUGAAGAAAUCGGUGGAGACGAAUAUUGAGACGCAGACAGUGUAUUUCACGGAUCUGGCAAGCGGCAGAUGUGGCUUCAUACAGGUCUUGUACUCGAGUGUCAUGGGAGGGAUCUAUAAAGGCUUUCAGCUGAACUUCAAGAUAUUUCGCAGUCGUGACGUUGGCAAAGAUGAGGAAAACAUUGAUAUAUGGGAAAGUUUCAAAUUGGGCGAUAUUCAGGAGUUUGAGGGGCUUAAAUUUGUGUCUCCAGAGUUGAACUUUGAAUUUAUACCAGCUUCGCAUGAUGAUGAAGUCAUAGCUACACUGAAAAUAGAUGUUAAUAUGCCGCAAAAUGGCUCCGACAAGCCAAGCUUGAAAAUUGAUCUAAUGAUUGAUCUUUACCAAGGGUUCACGAUUAAUCCGAACGGAUGCAAUUAUUACUUGGAAAAAGGCAUCAGCAAGGAAGAGCUAAAACAAAGGAAAUUUCAAUCGAAACGAGUGUUAAGACAUCUUUUUGUACCAAGAGUUAAAUGCCACGGGUCUAUUGAGUAUAAGAGCAAGGCUGGAGCGACAGUCAUUCUGGACUUGAUAGGGGUACCCGGUUCAUAUAUAGAUGCCGUGCAGGGAUUGCCGCCCAAUAAAGCGGCUAGAGCAUGGAAUUUUCUUUGUUAUCAAGAUGCGAAGCGUUCACUCAUUUGCAUGGAAUUUACUACUACUGAGGAGUAUAAUGCUACAACGGUUACGAUAUGGUGUUCAACGAAUGAUCACAAAAUUGAAACUGUUGGGUCAAGUAUAAAUAAUGUCCCCGUGAAAUUUGGUGCUACAAGAAAGGAUGAUCUCAACGGUUGGUCAUAUCCGACAGGUAUUAACUUUCCAUUGGAUUUUAGCGAAGAUAAAUUACGAUUGGUCAACAGAUAUGAUAUCAUGGGAGAGCUACCGUACAUUGUUAAAUCAUUGGCAGAAAAUGUUGCAAAAAUUAAACCAUUCAUUUAUCAGUAUUGUCAAGAUUCGAAUUACAAAGAUGGCAAAGGUAUAUCAAUUGUAGAGAGUACUUUUAUUUCAUGA